CAAUGGCGGAGAGCCAGAGGAGCAGAGAAGGAGAUGAGGAUAAUGAGGGCUGGCGGCGUUGUGGUGUGCCGAGGUCCCUGCGCUUCAGCGCUGCGCGCGUUCCGGAUAAAGCCUUCUAUCCGAUGCUUAUCUUCUUCUUCUACUGCCGUCACCACCACCACUACCACCUUUGAGCAUGGCUCUUUUAUCAGAGAUAUUGCAGCAGCAAAACCUCCUGAGCAUCUUAAUUACCUACUGAAUGUGCUACAAGCGAGCGGUGAAACAAUUGCUUCUCCUGGAGCCAGAGAAGGGCUGUUUCCCCUUGUUAUUCCUCUUUCAAUAAAUCCAUCAGGGGCUUUGACAUCAUUUCUAAGGUGGCCAACAGCUCCACCUGGAAUGGAGAUGCCUAUUGUGGAAGUUCAUCAGCAUGGUGUUUGGCUCUUAGCGAAGAAUACAGAUCAGUACAUACAUAGAAUGCUGGUUGAGGAGGAUGCUAAUGUUGCCAAAGGAAGUAUUAACAAGUUAUGCGAUGCCACAUCAGAUGCUGGCAAAAAGCUUUACACAAAGGGUGAUUUUAUGGAGUCUAGUAUUACUGAUCUGGAUGUCUAUAUUUUGAAGAAGGUUGGUUUGUUUCCAGAUGUUAUUGAGAGAAAGGUGGCACGCCAUUUUGAGAAAGGGGACCAUGUAUCAGCAAUGGUAACCGGUGAAUUCUAUACCAGGGGCCACUUUCCUGGAUUUGGACGGCCAUUUGUGUUCAACGCAGAGAUUUUGCUGAAGGUUGGACGUAAGCUUGAAGCAAAAGAUGCAGCAAGGGGGGCAUUAAAGUCUCCUUGGUGGACAUUGGGAUGCAAAUACCAUGAGGUUGCGGAGAUUGCACAGUGGGAUGAUGAGCAAAUUGAAUUCAUAAAGGAGAAGGUGAGCAAAGACGGUAAGCUUGAAGAUUUGAAGAAAGGAAAAGCACCUGAGCAGGUUUCCCUCGAUGAAGCCGCAUUUUUAUUAGACUUGGCUUCUGUCGAAGGGACAUGGACUGAUAACGUUGAUCGAAUUGCAGAAUGUUACAGAGAGGCUGGACUUUCAGAUAUUGCAAGGUUUGUACUGUACAAAGACUGAAGUUAAUUACAUCAUAUAGUUAGUUACUCUUCCUUGUUUUUCAGUUUUUUUGUUAAUUUUCAUUUUUAUUGAAUACUAAAUUAUUUCACAUGUAAGGAUACUUAUUCUCUGUUUACUUUA